UUUUUUCUUUCCAAAACCUCUAAAACGCCAACCUUCUCUCUCUCUCUCUCUCUCUCUCUCCAUAAUCACUGGUUUAUUGUUUUCAUUUUCUCUGUUGAAUUUAGGGCUUUGUUGUGAUUCGAAGGAGCUUCUGAUCGUGUGGAAAAUGGCGUCUCAGGCGCAGGUCGAAAAAAUGGAGGAACGUCAGAACUAUCGGAACCUCUGGCACAUCGAUCUCACCAACUCCAUUGCCGCCGAUCCUGCCUAUUGCUGUUUCUCGGCGCUCUGUGCUCCCUGUGUAUCGUACUUGCUCCGCAAACGAGCUCUUUACGAUGACAUGUCAAGGUACACAUGCUGUGGUGGCUAUAUGCCUUGUAGUGGGAAGUGUGGAGAAAGUAAAUGCCCUGAAUUUUGUCUUUGCACUGAGGUUUUUCUUUGCUUUGCAAAUUCAGUUGCAUCAACACGUUUCAUGUUGCAAGAUGAGUUCAACAUACAGACCACACCGUGUGAUAACUGCAUUAUUGGAUUCAUGCUCUGCCUCCAACAAUUGGCCUGUAUAUUUUCCCUAGUUGCUUGUAUUACCGGCAUUGAUGAACUUCAGAGAUCUUGA